AAGUGCUCAUUGGAACAGAAACUGUAAUAUCCUGCAAAAUAACAGAGAUUACUGAGCAAAUGAAUAUUGAGUGGUCCGGAUUUGUAAAGGGGGAUAAUUUUGUGCCAGAUCUUGGUACCUACAAUGCUGGUACAAAAAGUCAAACUGGAACACUGACGGUCAAGUCUCCAGACACUGAUAAAACUUAUACCUGCUCUGUAUCCUCAACCACCAAUAAGGAUUCAACUGUUAAGAACAUUGAUGUCCAUCUUAAUGUUUACGAUGUGAAACCAGUGAGCAAGGACACAUUUGCUAGCACUAGUACAACAAUAUCAUGUGCGAUUUCUGGGUUGACAACCAAAGCAACUGUGAUAUGGAAAAAGGACUCUGUAACUCAAGAGGGAACAGAAGAAGGUGUUUUGGAUACCGAUGCAGGUAGUCAAGUUUCCACCUUGACUGUAGCCAAUCCUCAAAAUGAUGAAGUUUUCACCUGUGUGGUGACUUCUGGAGAAUACACAUCUUCAGAUCCGUCAGAAACAGUCGUCAAUCUCAAUACUUUCUCGGUUGAAAGUGGAAGUAAAGAAGUGCUCAUUGGAACAGAAACUGUAAUAUCCUGCAAAAUAACAGAGAUUACUGAGCAAAUGGAUAUUGAGUGGUCCGGAUUUGAAAAGGGGGAUAAUUUUGUGCCAGAUCUUGGUACCUACAAUGCUGGUACAAAAAGUCAAACUGGAACACUGACGGUCAAGUCUCCAGACACUGAUAAAACUUAUACCUGCUCUGUAUCCUCAACCACCAAUAAGGAUUCAACUGUUAAGAACAUUGAUGUCCAUCUUAAUGUUUAUGAUGUGAAACCAGUGAGCAAGGACACAUUUGCUAGCACUAGUACAACAAUAUCAUGUGAGAUUUCUGGGUUGACAACCAAAGCAACUGUGAUAUGGAAAAAGGACUCUGUAACUCAAGAGGGAACAGAAGAAGGUGUUUUGGAUAACGAUGGUCAAGUUUCCACCUUGACUGUAGCCAAUCCUCAAAAUGAUGAAGUUUUCACCUGUGUGGUGACUUCUGGAGAAUACACAUCUUCAGAUCCGUCAGAAACAGUCGUCAAUCUCAAUACUUUCUUGGUUGAAAGUGGGAGUAAAGAAGUGCUCAUUGGAACAGAAACUGUAAUAUCCUGCAAAAUAACAGAGAUUACUGAGCAAAUGGAUAUUGAAUGGUCCGGAUUUGAAAAGGGGGAUAACUUUGUGCCAGAUCUUGGUACCUACAAUGCUGGUACAAAAAGUCAAACUGGAACACUGACGGUUAAGUCUCCAGACACUGAUAAAACUUAUACCUGCUCUGUAUCCUCAACCACCAAUAAGGAUUCAACUGUUAAGAACAUUGAUGUCCAUCUUAAUGUUUAUGAUGUGAAACCAGUGAGCAAGGACACAUUUGCUAGCACUAGUACAACAAUAUCAUGUGAGAUUUCUGGGUUGACAACCAAAGCAACUGUGAUAUGGAAAAAGGACUCUGUAACUCAAGAGGGAACAGAAGAAGGUGUUUUGGAUAACGAUGCUAGACAAGUUUCCACCUUGACUGUAGCCAAUCCUCAAAAUGAUGAAGUUUUCACCUGUGUGGUGACUUCUGGAGAAUACACAUCUUCAGAUCCGUCAGAAACAGUCGUCAAUCUCAAUACUUUCUCGGUUGAAAGUGGGAGUAAAGAAGUGCUCAUUGGAACAGAAACUGUAAUAUCCUGCAAAAUAACAGAGAUUACUGAGCAAAUGGAUAUUGAGUGGUCCGGAUUUGAAAAGGGGGAUAAUUUUGUGCCAGAUCCUGGUACCUACAAUGCUGGUACAAAAAGUCAAACUGGAACACUGACGGUCAAGUCUCCAGACGUUGAUAAAACUUAUACCUGCACAAUAUCUUCCAUUCUCAAUUCUUUCUCCCCUAAAAAGACAGUCGAUGUAGCUCUUAACGUUUACGCAUUUGAAGGCACAGGAAAAGAGAUUUACCGUGGUUCAACUGUUACUUUGUCAUGUUUACUAUCGGCAACUGAGCUUGUAGCAUCUUUUUCUUGGGCAAGCAAAGAAAAAGAUGCCAUUAUAGGUGCUGACGACUCAAACUAUUUGAUUAAAAGCGACCAGGCACAUAAAGAUGGUAAACAGUCCUCAUAUCUGGAAAUAAAAAGUCCAGCGACUGAAACACCUGAUGUUUUUACAUGUGAAGCGAAGUUCACUUCAAUUCCCGCUACAUCUUUAGCUCUGGAGCUGCACGUUUACGAUGUAAACCCAUCUAGUGAAGUACUGGUUCAGGCUCUCUCCUCCACCAAACUCUAUUGUAAUAUUUCUAAUCUCGGCACUGGAAGUGCUGCUACCGUCUGGUGGAUAAGGAACAGUGAUAAGGAAGAGUUUGAUGACGAAGAGGGGAACAAUGCAGUGACUGGUACUCCAGAUAAUUCCAAUCAAGUAAACUAUCUUAGUCUAGAUUCCACGCUGACUAAGAUUGAUGAUGUUUUUACUUGUUUGGUAGAAGUUACUGAAGGAGAAACUGCUGAGUUUGAAGUUACCUUAAAUACAUUUACGGUGAACCCCAUUGAAGAACACUCCCACGAAGGUAAAACAGCAGUUUUAUCUUGUCAAAUAACUGGAGCAGACAAACAGCUGGUGGUGAAGUGGACUGACGAUAAGGGUGAAGAUGUAUCCAAAGUCAACGGAUACGAAAUUAUUCAGGGGGAAGUUGAAAAUAACAUUCAGACUUCUACACUAUCCUUAAGUGGAGAACACACUGGAGAUGAUGGAGAGUACAAGUGUCUUGUCUCCUCUGAUGGAGGGGAAUCUUUCUACUCUCACUCUGUUCCUCUCAAUGUUCUCGCCAGUCCCAAUAACGAUGAGGGUUUUGGUGCUUUUGUAUCUGACCAUCCUGACAAGAACGAUAAUAGCUAG